AUGGCGGACCGAGUCACCCUCACAUAUCAAGAUCGCAUCGCGAUCAUCACCUUCAAUCGCCCCGAAGUAUUGAACGCCCUAGAUGCCGACUGCUACUAUCUGCUCGGUGAGCGGCUGCGCGAGAUCGACAAGAGGGAAGAUAUCUAUAUCACUGUUUUGACGGGAUCAGGUCGGUUUUUUUCUGCAGGCGCUGAUAUCCGUGGCGACGGCAUCAAGCGUCGCGUAGACACCUCUUUGUCCGAAGGGGAACAGCGCCGAGAGAUUAUGCGCACCUUCCUCGUAAAUAAUCUGGACCUCACACGCACUGUGUACAAUCAUUCGAAAAUCCUGGUGGUUGCGCUCAACGGCCCCGUUGUCGGGCUCACCGCUGCCGUGAUUUCUUUUGCCGAUUUCAUCUACGCAGCCCCUCAUACAUACCUUCUCACGCCUUUCUCGUCACUCGGUCUAGUUGCUGAGGGUGGCGCGUCACAAGGGUUUGUGCAGAGACUAGGUAUAUCGAAAGCAAAUGAGGCGCUGCUCAUGAGUAAACGGAUUUCAUGCGAGGAACUGGUAGCAACGGGCUUCGUGAACAAGGUCAUUUCCGCACCGUCUGGAAAGAAAGAAGAUUCAGAUGGAUUUUUGAAAGUUGUUCUGGCCGAGAUUGAUGAUAAAUUGGGCCUGCAUCUGAACCAGUCCAGUUUACUUGGGAUCAAGAGACUGAUUCGUCAGCCGGACCGCGAGGCACUUGAUAGAGCGAAUAUGUUGGAGGUGUUUGGUGGUGUCGACAGAUUUGUUGCUGGUAUCCCGCAGGAAGAAUUCAGAAAACUCGCCGCUGGUGAGAAGAAGCAUAAGUUGUGA